GAUUUGGUGGGCACUGGCCGGCGAUUGGUGGCGAGGAUGCAGCGGUUGCGAAGGAAGAACUGCGUAUCACCGAAGGCAAAUCAGGUGGUGUCGGUCCCUCCGUUGGCGCCAAGUUCAGUGUACUUUCGCAGUAUGUAUUCCUCAUCCUUCGCUCCCUUCGCUUCCCAUCCCUCCACCACAUCUGAAAUAUGACAUGACUCCUCCAUUCCGCUAAUCGCUCAUUCCUCGUAUUGACUGUCUGUGCGGAUGUGAUUGCGGUGAUUCGAAAUCUUAUCUCCCCAUCUCACUGCUUGUCGCUGGAUCGUAUCACUGGGGAAAUCCCAACUUUAUCAGUCAAAUCAGCUUGCCAUGUCCUUGUCGAAGAGAUCUAUACGUGCAACUCCCAUUGACAAGGCGAGCGAUUGAGGAACACUUCCAUCGCGUUGGUAGCAUUUGACCUAUAUCACCUUUCGCCGGACGAAAGCUACUCAAUAAAUACGUUACCUGCCUCCCAGUCAUCAUGGGAAGGCUAAUCAAAAACCACUGGGGCCGAUUAAUUAUCCUCACCGCUGCAGCUUAUCAAGUUGGCAGCGCGAUCGAGGGAUUCAUCUGGCCGAAAGUAUUCUGGGACUUCAUCACCAAAAACCUCAACGGCGCGGUGGCACCAGUCCCCGUCCUUCAGAUUCUCAACCUGAUCAUGGGCCUGCUCGGUCUCGCCUGGGAAUGGCCUCUAAAAUACUUCGCCGGAACCUUACCGCAUCGCAGCAUCGAAUUUCGACUUGUACUAUAUCCACUCAGCGCUCUACUGUCGGCGCUCCUCUACCAGGGCACGGACCCUGCGAUCUACUACUUGGUUGGCAUCGUGGUGUAUUUUUGGGCAUAUAGCGAGGGCGAGGUUGUAUGCCCGGAGCCAUGGACAUUACCGAAGCGAAGAUCUCUCAAGACUCAGACCUUCCGAAAGCCUCAACCCAUGCCUCCCACCGCCGCCGACGAUGACGUUCCCGUGAACAAACUGACUAGCUUCAAUGGACGGCUGAAUCAGUAUUUCCAUAGCUCGAAGAAUCUGCACAGUGGGAGAGACCAGAUCACGAAGUCGGAUGUAGUCGGUUUGUCGCAGGGUGGGAGUUCGCAGGAUGAUAGCUCAGGCUCAGGUUCGGCCUCGGCCUCGGCCUCGGACUCGAAACGAAGACUACGGUCCUUCGAUCACGAUCAGGAUGUCUCAAACAGUACGGAGUCGAAUCCAGAGUUGACUUCGAUACCUACAUCGAAACGACGAAAGGGCAACAUCCUACUUCCAUCACGCACGACUCGCUCCAACUCAACAACCACCGCCGCAUCACCGUCGACCUCAUCCUCGCCACAACCACAACCUCAAUCACAACCUCAAUCUCCAAACCCUCAAUCAAAACCGAAACGCACGUCCCGCUCCCGCCGCAAACCCUCCUCCACCGUCACAUCAUCCACCACAUCCUCCCCCUCCCCUCAAUCCUCACUCCUCCGCGACACAAUCCCACCAAACCUCACACUCCUCUUGGUCGGCGUAAACCCCGGCAUCCUAACCGGUACGACCGGCUACGCAUACGCGCACCCAUCAAACCUCUUCUGGAAACUCCUCCACUCAUCAGGCAUAACGACAACCCGACACCCCCCCUCCGACACCUACCGCCUCCCCUCGCUCUACAACAUCGGGAACACGAACAUCGUGGAGCGGCCCACGCGAGACGCCAGCAUGCUCAGCAAGGCGGAGAUGGACGCGGGGGUGCCGGUGCUGGAAGCAAAGGUCGCGGCGCAGCGGCCCGAGGCGGUGUGUUUGGUGGGGAAGAGUAUAUGGGAAGCGGUGUGGAGGGUGCGCAAGGGGAGGGGGAUCCGGAAGGAGGAGUUUAAGUAUGGGUGGCAGGGGGAGGGGGAGAGGAUGGGACGGAGUGAGGGCUGGAAGGAGGGAGCGCCGGUGUUUGUGGCGACGACGACGAGUGGGUUGGCGGCUGGGAUGACGAUGGCGCAGAAGGAGGAAGUGUGGAAUGAGUUGGGGAGGUGGGUGGUUGGGAGGCGAGAGGAGAAGAAGGUAGUAGAAGUGGCAGAGGAGAAAGAGGAAUCGAGUUGA